UGAGAGGAUGUUCCUCCAUGGGGUUUAUUUGGGUCUGCCUCAACUGGGUUGAGCCCGACCGUGUCGGGCCAGACCGCCGGACCCAGUCCAACCCCUCCCUCCCGAGCGGCGGCGGCGCGCUACAGAGCAGGCCUUGGCGUCGGCAGCGUGGGGCAGCAGAGCGAGCGGUUGCUGCCGCGACCUGCCCCCACGGCGGCGGCGGGCCUUGUGCACCGACACGCCGCUCAUCCUCGAGGCCCAGUUUCUUCUCGUGGAAAAUCGAUCCUGCGAGAAUGGAAGAGAUGGGUUCUUCAGAGAGUUCCGUUUCCGAUCGCAAAGAAGAACAUCAGAAGGCUUCCCUGCCGCUGCCGGCCGCCUUCCUCGAGUUCCUCAGCGAGAAUGGCCUGGACCCGUCGGUGUAUUCCAUGGUAGCCACCAUCCCGCGUUACAUAAGGCUCAAACCAGGCAUGGAGUCCCAGAUUGCAGAGAUCGAAUGCGAGUUGAAGUGUGCUCUAGAGAAGGUUUCAUGGCUGCCUGGUUUCUAUGCCAUCCCACCCGAAAUUCAGAUUGCUGGCUCCAAGGCUUAUCAGCAAGGGAAGAUAUAUGGAAUCGAUGCCGCUUCUGGAGCUGCUAUAUUAGCACUUGAUGUUCGACCUGGAGACCAUGUUCUUGAUCUCUGUGCUGCCCCAGGUGCAAAGCUUUGCAUGCUUGCAGAUAUGCUUGGAAGCACAGGUUCUCUGACUGGCGUUGAUGUUGCAAAGCACCGUCUUGCAGCCUGUCGUACAAUGUUGCAGAAGUAUUCUCUUGGAGAUCAUACUCGGCUCUUUGUUGCUGAUGGAACUUUGUUUUCCCUUUUACCUGUGAACUUCAGCCUGCGAAGAAUGGAAGGGUCAAUUGACCUCGAAGAAAAUGGAAGUACAUUCUCAGAGUGGACUUCAAAGAGAUCAUGGAAGGAUCGACAAAAGACUAAGAAAGCAAAUGCUACCAGUUCACAACACCUACAUUUAACUUCAGAACCUGAACUGAUAUACUAUGGCAAACAUUCAGGAUUAGUUGGCCUGCGUAAAUGUGAUGUCCUUUGUCCGUCAGCUGAUGAUGAAGCCAGUACAUCUGGCUAUGAUAAGGUCCUAGUGGAUGCAGAGUGUACUCAUGAUGGAUCCAUAAAACACAUUCAGAAAUUUGAGUUCUGGGGAUGGAAAACUUUAGAUCGCCGUGUACUUGAUGCAGAAAGAUCUGACAACCUGCUUCAUCUUCAGUUACGUCUUAUCACAAAUGGUUUUAAAUUAUUGAAAACUGGUGGAUCACUUGUAUAUAGUACCUGCAGCUUGACAGUUGCACAAAAUGAGAAUGUGGUUCAGCAAUUCCUUUCAACACACCCCUCAGCAGAUUUACAAAAGAUUGAUUCAGCCAAUAAUUGGCCCUGCAGAAGUGGUGGCAUCCCCAAAACCUUGCGAUUUGAUCCUGCAACUUCGCAAACUAGUGGUCUUUUUGUUGCCAAGUUCACUAAAGUACCAACUUAAAGCAUUUUCUGGUGUACCUUCCUAUACCACAUCCUAUGGGUGUGCCUUUCACUUGUAACACUGGUUUUCCUUGUCAACAACUAGAAUGAUAAUAUAUUACAAGUUGGUUCC